ACAAAAGGACACAGACUGAAACACCUCUAAGGUAUAAGCAAAAGAAGAGAAUUUGAAGAUCCCAUUCUUCUUCUAUCAAGCACUAUGUCUCGCUCGGCACGUAGAAAACCAGAAUACCAUAAAAUUAAUAGAGAUCUCUUUGUUCUCACCUAUGGAGCUCUGGUUGCCCAACUGUGUAAGGAUUAUGAAAAAGAUGAAGACGUGAACAAAUACUUAGAUAAAAUGGGUUAUGGGAUUGGAACCCGGCUGGUGGAAGACUUUUUGGCUCGAUCCUGUGUGGGAAGAUGCCAUAGUUAUUCAGAAAUUACAGACAUAAUUGCCCAGGUUGCUUUCAAGAUGUACUUGGGAAUUACACCAAGCGUGAGUUGUAACAAUUCAAGCAGAAAUGAAUUUUCCCUGAUUCUAGACAAGAAUCCUCUGGUGGAGUUUGUGGAGGAGCUCCCUGCUGGGCGAUCUUCUCUGUGCUACUGCAACUUACUCUGUGGGAUAAUCAGAGGUGCCCUGGAAAUGGUUCAUUUGGCUGCUGAUGUUACAUUCUUGCAAGACAGACUAAAAGGCGACAGUGUGACAGAAAUAGGAAUAACAUUUCUAAAAAAGCUAGAUGAGAAAAAAUACAGAAGGAAAAAAUGAAGAAUAGCAUGCAAAAUUCCACAGGGUGGCUAGUUGUGGAGUUAAUAUUAGCUAAACAUGUAUAGCCAUAGAGAUUUUGAAUUGCUUAAUAGCAUGGACUUUGAAAGGCUUAAAAAUCAGCCAGAAAUUUGAAAUGCAUGGCAUGAGGAUUUAAUGUUUCUUUUUUAAUAUUGCUUAUAAAUUGCAUAUUUUCAAUCUCAUGUCUACAAGAUCUCAUAUACAAAUAACUCUUUAUAGGAUAGCAAGCAUAAAUUCCACAUAUUAUACAAUCCAUCCUCAAAGAGUCUAUUCAUUCCAUUUACUUAUGGUAAGAGAGAAAAUGCACCAUAUAUACAAACAGUUGAUGAAUUUGUCACUUUUCACUGGAAAAAUGGAUGAAAUAAUACAGCAUAGAGUUCACUAUAUAUAGACAGCUUCUAGAUACUGUAUAUUGCAUUCUCUGUAGAAACAAUUCCAU